GUGGCGAGAUUCACCACCCCCGACAUCGUGGGAUACGACAAAAGGUGUUUGCCAGACGAAGGCAGCUGGCUGCAGUUGCGUGCUUCUCUGCAAGAGAAGCAGGCGGCCUUCCAGGACGAAAGCUUCGGCCCCAACGACGGGUCUUUGUACGGAGGCACGGAGGCGGAUCUCAGCGAUAAGGCGGCGGCCGGCCAGAAGGCCACCUUCAAGGUGGAGCUAUGGCAGAGGAUUUGGGAAAUGGACCACGCCAAGCAGGGUGGGCCUUUGGUAAAGAACGGUGCCUCCGCUCACGACAUCGAGCAGGGCCAGCUGGGGGACUGCUACUUUGUGAGCGCGCUGGCGGCGCUGGCGGAAUCCCCGGCCUUCAUGGCAAGGCUCCUGCCCGGAGCGCAAACCAUCAACCCAGAGGGCAUCUACGCGGUGCGCUUCUGGCAGGAUGGGGAGUGGCGGGUGGUGGUCGUGGACGACCAACUGCCUUGCCGCAAGCCGAAUCGCUUGUUUUUUGCCGCUGCGCGGAAUGGGGACUUCUGGGUAUCCUUGGUUGAGAAGGCCUACGCCAAGCUGUGUGGCAGCUAUUAUGCCAUCAAGAGCGGGUCACAGCCAGACGCGUUUCUGGCACUAACUGGCCUCACCAUGCCGCAAACCAUCAAGCUGCGGUCAUAUCGGCCCGACCCAGAGGACAAAAAGGAGCUGUACCGGCUGAUGCGAGAGUGCGCCAGUACGGGGGGCCUCCUGGGCUGUGCCUCCAAGGGUAAGUGGGAGAAGGGCAUCGCACCUCUGCACGCCUACACUGUCCUCGGCCUACGCGAAGUUGAGACCGUCGAUGGGGAGAUGCUGAAGAUGGUCCACAUACGCAAUCCCUGGGGGGCAGGCAUUGAAUGGAAGGGCAAGUUUUCUGACGGAGAUUCCGCCUGGGACUCCGUGCAUGAAGCUGUUCGGGAGGACAUGAACGCGAAGAAGGCCAAAGAUGGAACUUGGUGGAUGACCCUGGACGAUUUCUGCGAGCACUUCUUUUGCGCCUACUUCGGCUGGCAUUACGGCGAGACCUGCAGCCUAUACCAGGUUGCCACCGAGCAGGGGGAAAGCGGCCUGAGACCUAGCAUCACAGUGCAGAUCAGAACCGCGGGCCCGGUGCGUGCAUACAUCCAGGGCCCCACCAAGCGCGCGGUGCCGAAACAAGCGCAAGGCCAGCUGCCUGUGCUGGAGGUGACCUCCAAGCACUCCAAGGAAGGCAAAGGCGCGCAGAAGACGAAGUGCCGCACCAGGAGCAAGGCCGACAUGGUGUUUCACGCAGGCCCAGGAGAUUCUGUAGAUCUAAACAUUCGGCUGGAAAGCCCUGGCCGGGUUUAUGUCACGCUGGUGUGCCCACCUGACUCGGCAGUGCUCGCAAAUCAUGGCAACGAGAUGGUCUUCUUGUCCUCGUACCGCCCUUCUUUGCCCGAGCCCGCGGAGCCGCAGCCAAAGCCCGAGGAGCCUGAGGAGCCUGAGGAGCCGGAAGCGGAGUCGCCGGAUUUCCAGGCGCUAAAGUCAAUCGUCCAAAGGCAGGGCGCAGCUGACUGGCUGAUGGGGCCGACCAGACGAAAGUGAUGCAGAAGAUUUGGGGAGCUGGGCUGGUGACAGUAGAGCUGCUCGUGCCAGAGCUGCUCGGGAACGUCAACGACAAGCUGCCCGCAGGCAAGGGCUUCGGGGGGCGCAGCCU